AUGUCGGGCAACCUUCCUUCGAACACGACGAUCCCCACACUGUUCCGUACCCUUACGACCGCGAUCUUUACGAACGAGAGCUGGAAGCUUGCGAUACCGGCCGUGUUAUACACGAUACAAAACUCCCUUCAAUACAUCGCUGUCAGUAACCUGGACGCCGCGACGUUCCAGGUGACUUACCAGCUCAAGAUCCUGACGACGGCUAUCUUCAGCGUGUUGAUGCUGGGUAGAACACUCUCGGCGCGCAAGUGGCUAUCACUGUUGCUUCUCAUCAUUGGUGUAUCCAUCAUACAAGUACCGCAAGCGACUGCACCGUCACCACCACGAGCAUCUGGUGCAAAGCCAUGGACCAAGACGCUGGAGCAGCUGCACGACCUUGGUGAGAAUGUCGCAGGGCGGCUAGGGAAACGGUCUGGGUCAUACGAGGGCAUACACGCGGAUCGCGCAGCCCAGAUACCCCACAUGAAUUACCGGGUCGGGCUCAUGGCUGUCCUGAUCUCUUGCGCGCUUUCAGGCCUAGCCGGGGUUACCUUUGAGAAGAUCUUGAAGGACUCAACGAGCGCCAAGCAGACGCCGCUCUGGGUCCGCAACUGCCAGCUCUGUUUCUGGUCGCUCUUUCCGUCGUUGUUCCUGGGCGUGAUAUGGAAGGAUGGGGAGAUCAUAGCGAAGACUGGAUUCUUCGUCGGCUACAACUGGGUGGUGUGGACGGCUAUCGGCCUUCAAGCAGCUGGUGGCAUUGUGGUUGCGCUCGUCAUCAACUAUGCCGAUAAUAUCGCCAAGAACUUUGCGACAUCGAUCUCCAUCUUGGUUAGUUGCAUUGCAAGCGUUUACUUCUUUGACUUCAGGGUGACGCAAUCUUUCUUCCUAGGCACAUGCGUCGUGCUGUUCGCGACCUAUCUUUACACCAAGCCGGAGCGGGGCUCGCAAUCGUUGCCAGUCAGGAUUGCCGACUUCGAGAAGACCACGAACGGCAUUCUCAUAAGCGAGAUGCUUGAGCGAUAG